AUGGGCUGCUGCCAAGACAAGGACUUUCAAACCUCCAAGGGUCACGCCAAGGAGGCCCAAUCAGAGGAAGUGGAAGAGGAAGACACCGAAGGGAUUGAUGUGGACUCGUCGGACCACCAGAAUCCCAAGCGUAACAAAAGCCUGUUGAUCACCGUGCUGUGGAGGCGGCUAUCCAUGUUCAGCCGUCGGGGCUCCACGCGGUCAAACAGGAGGCAAUCAAUCCAGAAUCAAAAGCAUGGGUGUAUGUUACAGAACAACGCGGAGAAGGUCCUGGAGGAGCCGGAGAAGGGGUGA